GGGCUUGAAACAAAUGAUGUCAGAGCAGUGGGCGGGGCUUAGCGACUGCAACAAUUAAAGAUGAACUUUCAGUGAACUAAUUCAUGAGGGCGGCCUAUAAAUGCUGCGGCGGCCGCGCGCUCCGGCGCAAUGCUCUGUGCGUCCUCAGCAUGGCUCUCAGCACCCUGCUGGCCUCCGUCCUCUGCACGCUGGUGCUGCCCGUCCUGCUCUUCCUGGUGGCGGUCAAGUUGUGGGAGGUCUACCUGGUCCGGGGCGCAGACCCGGGCUGCAGGAGCCCGCUGCCGCCCGGAUCCAUGGGCUUACCCUUUAUCGGAGAGACGCUGCAGCUCCUCCUGCAGAGGAGGAAGUUCCUGCGGAUGAAGCGGGAGAAGUACGGCUACAUCUACCGAACGCACCUGUUUGGGAACCCCACGGUGCGAGUGAUGGGCGCAGAGAACAUCCGGCACAUCCUGCUGGGGGAGCACAGGCUGGUGUCGGCUCAGUGGCCCUCCUCGGUGCGCACCAUCCUGGGCUCGGACACGCUCUCUAACGUGCACGGCUCGCAGCACAGGACCAAGAAGAAAGCCAUCAUGAGAGCCUUCUCCAGGGAGGCGCUGCAGCUCUACAUCCCUGUCAUCCAGGAGGAAGUGGGAGCGGCGGUGCAGCGCUGGUUGCUGCAGGAUCCUUGCGUGCUGGUCUAUCCUGAGAUGAAGCGGCUGAUGUUCCGCAUCGCCAUGAGGAUUCUGCUGGGCUUUGAGCCGGAGCAGAUCAGCAGCGACGAGCAGCAGCUGGUGGAGGCUUUUGAGGAGAUGAUCAAAAAUCUUUUCUCCCUCCCCAUCGACGUCCCUUUCAGCGGGUUGUACAGGGGUCUGAAGGCCAGAAACUUCAUCCACUCAAAGAUCGAAGAGAACAUCAGGAAGAAGGUGGAGCAGUCAGACCAGGGGUCCAAACACACAGAUGCUCUGCAGCAGCUCAUCGACAGCAGCAGGAAGAACUCAGAGCCCUUCAGCAUGCAGGCCAUCAAGGAAUCUGCUACAGAGCUUCUGUUUGGCGGCCAUGAAACCACCGCCUCCACAGCCACCUCCCUGGUCAUGUUCCUGGGCCUCAACCCAGAAGUUGUGAAGAAACUGAGGCAGGAGAUCUUGGACAAGGAGGACGAUGGAGCGGACCUCCAGAACCUGAACAUGGAGUCUUUGGAGCAGCUCAGAUACGCCGGCUGUGUCAUCAAAGAGACGCUAAGGAUCAACCCGCCAAUCCCCGGCGGCUUCAGAGUGGCGCUCAGAACGUUUGAACUCAAUGGUUUCCAGAUCCCUAAAGGCUGGAACGUCAUUUACAGCAUCUGUGACACGCAUGAUGUCGCUGAGAUGUUUCCAAACAAAGACGACUUUCAGCCCGAGCGCUUCAUGGACAAACCCCCCGCUGAUGCCUCCAGGUUCCAGUACGUGCCUUUUGGGGGGGGCUCCCGGAUGUGUGUGGGGAAGGAGUUUGCUAAGGUUCUACUGAAGAUCUUCUUGGUGGAGCUGGUAACAAAGUGCCACUGGACUCUCCUGAACGGGCCGCCAACCAUGAAAACUGGACCCACCGUCUACCCCGUGGACAACCUACCAACCAAGUUCACCCGCGUUUCUAAAGGGGGCAGAUCUGGGUCCUAGAGCCGACGGUUUCCUUCUGAGAUUCUCGUCAACAAAGUGUAUAUAAUAGAUGAACAUAUUUUUAUGACUUAUAAAUCUAGAUCUAUUCACACAGAACUAAAUGAAAGCACUAUAGGGUCAGAUAAACACUUUAAGCUGCUCACUGGUUUAUCUGCAGAUUUUUGUAAAUAUGUCAUAUUUUUAUCCUUAUUUUGUAUCUUUGCUCAACGUAUUUAUGUCAUUUGUGU